AUAAUUUAAAGACAGAUAGUAAUAUCUUUUCCUUUUUUGUUUUUGUUAAAAACCUACUUAACCCCCACCCCAUCCCCAACCCCCACCCUACGCCACCCAACCCCGCCAACUCUCUCUCAAUAUACAUACAGUUAGUUGAUUGAUUCUCUUCACUCGCCCUAUAUUCUUUCAUAUAAUAAUUUCCAUUUUUUUCUCAAAUAUGUCUGCCCCCGGAAUCCCCGCCCCUGACUGCGCCGCCGCCACCACCGCCGCCCUUUAUUUCUGCCACAAAUGUACUCACACCGUCACCAUUACCCCUUCUGACACCGGCGAUCUCAUUUGCCCUGAUUGUAACAGUGACUUUGUCGAAGAAUAUGAAGACCCUGACCCGAUCCCCAAUCUAACCCGCUUGCCCGAACCGGUUGCCUCCAUGUUGAGUAACAUUUUCAUGGGCAGCGAUUCCGGUUCCGACGGCGGCGGCGGCGGCGCGCGAAUCCCUGCAAGAGAAACGCGAAUCGGGUCGGAUGAUUUUGACCCGGUUACGUUUCUUCAAGGUCAUUUAGCUGCUCGUAGAGCUAAUGGUGUUACGUUUGAAUUCAUUAUCGACGGUGGCGGGAAUGGUACUGGUGGUGGGAUGCCGUUGCCGGCGAAUUUCGGGGACUAUUUCGUAGGUUCAGGGAUGGAGGAGUUGAUCCAACAUUUGGCUGAAAAUGACCCGAACCGAUACGGGACGCCACCGGCAUCAAGGGCGGCGGUGGAAGGGUUACCAGAUGUGAUAGUUGAUGAAGAAAUGCUUAGUUCAGAAUUGGCACAGUGUGCAGUUUGUAAGGAUGAUUUUGAGUUAGGGUUAGUUGUGAAACAGAUGCCUUGUAAACAUGUUUAUCAUAAGGAUUGCAUUGUUCCGUGGCUUGAGUUGCAUAACUCGUGCCCGGUUUGUCGGUUUGAGUUGCCAACCGAUGAUCCUGAGUACGAGAAUAGGGAGAGGGAGAAUGAUGGGGACGCAAGUGGUGGUGGUGGUUCGGGUUCUGGAAGGAGGUUUGCUACUGUGUCGCUGCCGUGGCCAUUUGGGAUGUUUGGAUCAGCGUCAUCCUCUAGCCAGGGAGGAGGAUCAGGGUCUCUUGGACAGCGGCACAGGGACUCGAAUUAGGUUUAUGGUCAGUUGGGUUCUUGCUUCUUGCUUGCUUGCUGCGUGUAGCAUGCUUGACAAAGUUGGAGGAGUUGUUGGGUAGAUAAGAGAAAAUGAUACAUAGGUAAAGGGGGUUAGGUUUCAUCUCUUAAACAUAGAUACAGGUGUUAUACAAAGCUCAGAUAGUAUUUACAAGAUUUGGGUCUGAACGCUUUGCGUCAGGACGCCCAAAGUUUUCGUUUUUUUGUUUAUGCUUUCAUCAAUUGCGAAUUCUGCUGAUCAUUUUGAUCAUUGUGCAGUUGAUGUGACAUUAUUGUUUUGUUGAUGAAUUUCUUAGCUACAUAUUUUUCUCUCUAA